AUGGGGUGUUGUUGCAGCAAGUCUUCCGGGUCGCCCUCGACCGAGCCUGGUCCACGACCAGUUCAGACCAGCACUGGCUCGGGCCAGAAUAAGAAGGCUGGCGGUAAUGGGUCUUUGGCGUGGCCCUCCAACCUCUCGCUCCCGAGCACCAACGCCACGACCCCCUCCGCCUGGGACACGGUGUAUUCGUACUCCGUGACCCCGUCGCCCCUGGCGCUGCGGUCGCCUGCGGGGGAUUUGAGCCCUCUUCUCGCUCCGCUCCCAAGGAGCCCACCCUCCCACAUCACAACACCGUCGUCGACUGGGACGGUGAUCCGGAGGAACGUUUCGGAGGGGGGCCCAUCAAGGGUCCACUCGAGCAGCACCUUGGGGACCCAGAACAAGCAGAGGGACCCAAGGCAGAAUAGGAGUGACCCCUAUCCUUAA